AUGGUAGACUCGGGCAACAUCGAAGAUGCACUAUUUUCAAUCGCCCUCCCUGCGAAUGAGUCUUCGGAAGGAGAAAUAACCUUCGGCGGAUACAAUCCUAGCUAUUUGCGAGAAAGGUCACAAAUAUCGUGGUUUCCACUACUCUCACCAAAUAGGUGGGAGAUCGGCCUAUUGGACAUUCUUGUGGACGAAUCCAGUCUGGGGUUCUGCACUCCAGAGACCCCAUGCAGGGCAAUAGUGGACACAGGCACUUCCGGAAUAGGCGGCUCUGCCCUACUUAUUGAUCAAAUACUAAAUAGACUUGGCGCAUUAUCACCAUGCAAUGCAAAGAAAAUGGAACUGAUGAAGCAAUUAUCUUUUGUCUUUAAGCAGUCGCCAGGAGAAGGAACUAAGGAAAUCAUUAUUGAGCCACAUGACUACAUUAGAAAUGCUGGAGGAUCAUUUCCUCCUUCCGAAUUGCAUAUUGCAGCUUCUAGUAUCAUACAAAACUGCAGACAACGUAAAUCACUACGGAUUCAGGUUUUAGGAACUGCUUUUCUUAGGAAGUUUUUCGCAAUAUUUGACCAGCGGCAGAAACGCAUUGAUUCCAAAGCGUUAUCGACGUCGCUAGUUAGAGGGGUCUCCGGUGUGCUGUCAUCUAAAAGAGCGAGUUUCACGCACAGAGAAGAACGCAGAAUAUUAUCGAAGCCUGAUCACGCCGUUGAAUUCCUUCGAAUCAAAACUUUUUACGAGACAGAAAAGGGCAGGCCUGUUGGGCGCUGGAGCAGCUCCCCGCGUUAG